AUGGCGAUUCAAUUCUGCGAUGUCUGCGGAGACACGCUGCCCGUCUCCAAGGACGAAAAAGUCUGCUGUGAGUGUUGCGGCACGAGCAACAAAAACACUCUGCUCAACAGCGUCACCGUCUCUUCCACCAGUAACUUCCCCUCGGACCUGCGCAAGAAGCGCACCAUCAACGCGCCCAAGCCCAUGUCCUCGACCGACACGUGGUCCACGACGGACCUGACGUGCCCCGAGUGCCAGGCCAAAGAGGUGCGCUACACGACGCUGCAGCUGCGCAGCGCCGACGAGGGCUCCACCAUGUUUUACUUUUGCCCGGACUGCUCCGCGAGGAUCAGGUGGAACGAGAACAACUAG